CUUCCUCUACGAGUUGAGAGUACGAGAUGUUAUGAAAACAGAACUUAAGCGACCACAAUACAGGCGGCCAGUUCUGAUAUUCAGUUCAGUUCAGUUGUGAUAUUCCAUGUGUUCCUUAUCCCACUUUGAGCUGCACCCCAGAACACAGGUUGACAGAAUGGCUGACAAGGUGAUGGUGAUGGUGGUAGUUGCAGCAGCAGCAGACCAGGACACAUGCUGGGAUAUUGUGUCCAUCAGCAGAACUGACCUCAUGUCCCACAGAUUUAUGCCCUGUGAUGAUUUAGAAAAUUGUCCAGUGAAACCAGUGGCUGUGAUGGGCACUGCUGACCAGCCCAACGAGUGUGUGAAGUGUGAUGUUAGUGAGUGUGACAUGGACACUAGUGCCGUCGGGUGUUUCUGUGGCAGUGAUAACCUCAUCAAUGGUACGGUGGGCUGUAAGAAAACAGGAAAGCCCAAAAUGAAGGCAGUUCACAUACAGACAGAGGGAUUGUUCUUUGCAGCUUUCCUAAGAGAGUUACAAUGCUCCCUUGUGUACAGACUGUUAGUGCUGGAGCAGUGGACUUGUGUGUGGAGGAAAAGAUUUGUUAAGACCAGCAGUAUCAACAACAGAGCAGGUGUAGUGGUUCAUGUCAAAGUGCACAACAAUCUGCCCCAUGUACUGGACUAUGCCUGGGGGGAGAGGAUGAGCCUGUGUGUGGUGGAGCGGCAGCAGCUGGACAUUAUGAUGUCAUGGCUCUCGACGCUAGGUGGGGCAUGUUCGGCCCUUGGGGACCACCUGGUGGACUUUGCUGAGCGAGCUGGGGCCAUCUCUGCCAAGCAGCUCCAGAUUGCACUGCGCCUUGGGGACCCAAACAUGGCGUCCCGGUGCAGGUUGUACGCUGCCAUCUCACUCAUCCAGAAGUGUCGCUUUAAGCUUGCAGCAAGUGUCAUCAGGCAGGAGUACCAGCGGACACUCAGUGUGCUGCCUGAGGCCAGGGACAUCCGUCUUGUCAAGAUGUGUCAAGGCAUCUGGACCAAAUUGAGGCAUGAGAAAAAGAUCUACUACCAGAAACACAACUCGCCUUCCACCAGGACCAUCUAGCUGCCACACUGCCUUGCCUCCCUGCCCACUGACUGACUCCAACUCUCUUGAGGUGUAAAUAAUGAAUUGUUUGUUGGAUGGGUGAAGUGACUAAAGGUGGCAUCAUAUAAGAAUUUGAUGCCUGAAACACAUGAGGGAGGACUUACAUAGAGUGGCUGAAUUAUAAUAUAUUAACUACACUUCUUGUACUGCCAAUAGGCAUGCUACUUACACACGGAAAGUUGUGAAUGCAAGGAUGAAUGCCUUUAUGCCUCACUGCAGGUGACAGCAAACUCUGAUGUCACAAAAUGUAUCUACUAAGCAUUCUGGCUACUACACAUGCAUGAGAAACACAGUCAAUAAAAACACAAAAAUGUUAAAAUGGUCCUCUUUGAUUAUAUACAACUGCAGAAAAUACAAGGAUUUUAUCUUCAUAUUGCUGCUUUAAGGAAUGAUAGAAGACAGAGUCAAAGGGCAAUGAGUAUUCCUACAUGAAGAUGCAUGCCAUAUUCCUGCCAGUGUGGCCAGUGGGCUGGUGGUGCCAGGCAUCCCUGAGCCCUGGUAAAUGAAGUAGCUGUUUGUUCCCUUUCAAUUUGUCACCGACUGGUGCACACUUAAGGGGACCAUCCAGUGGCCAUGGUAUCAAAAAAUCUGAAAAAUAUCGAAAAUCCCCAACACCACCAGAGUAUCCCCAAACGUAUGGCAACAUAUUGAUGGAGUAUUUUGGGGAAAUACGCUAAAAUACGUGGGGUAUUUAAACUUUAAAGGGCCCCUGCCACGCCCACUGCAGCUUCCCCCCUUCCCACUCUCUGUACCAUAAAUGAUGAUGAUAAGCACGGAAAAAGCCAUGGAAAGUGGUUUCUUUGGUAAGGUAAGGUGGGCGCUGGCAAUUUAGUACAAUGGCAUACACAGGAACACACCCUCUCCCCUUCCAUUUCAGUGUCCAUGUGACUGUGAUGGGAGGAGGAUCUAUUGAGUAUCUCGGCCUUUAUUUCACACCUUGCAAGCCACAAUCCAGCCUAUUUUACCUGCCUUUUUUGCAUUACAGUGUUUAAACAAACAGUGCAAGUGGAAAUUACAAGUUGUACCAACAAUGUAUGGAUGGGAGACACCCUCGCCUUCAAGCGACUAAUAACUACAAUCAUUGUAGGGGCAGCCAGGUGCCAUAUGAGUCUUACAGAAUAUUCCAAACAUGCCUAAAAAACAUAUAUGAUGCACAUGGUGGUGUAUGAGCACGAAAUAUCCAACCCAAAUAAAUGUACAGGGUCAUAGAGGACGAAAAUGACAUCUCUGGGUUUUUUUCCUUUUUCUCAGUUUCCACUUUUUUAUCAUUCAAAUCGUAUCUUCUCCCACAUUUCUCAAUGGAUUUUCAAUUUUGAGAUAUCAUUUUGAAGCUCAAUGAAGCUGCAACAUUUCUGUCUCUUAGAAUUUGGAUUUUUUUUUUAAGUGCCGCAAUGUAAUUUUAUAUAAAAAAAAUUGAAAAAAAAAUUCAUAAUGACCAAAAUAAAAAAAUCAAAAUUCUAUGAGAGGGAAAGUUUUGUUAUACAACAUACUUCAUAUCCAUACUGGCGAAAUUGAAAUCUGUCCUCUGGUGACAAAGUUUAUAGGAAAAAUAUUUUUUUCAAAAUUAUUUAUUAUUUUUCAUGCAGUUAUUUAUGGGCCGAUUUGCUUGUAACUACAACACUAACAUCUAUCAGCGGAAAAAAAAAAAUACCAACGUACCUCUAUUUUCGAUUUUUCAAAAACCUCAGUGGACGGUCCUCUUAAGGCUUUAAUGAGCCUAAGAGUAGGUAGUCAGAACGAUCUCAAUUGUAACCCAAGAUUGAAAAACAGGACUUCCUGUGUUGUAGUGAGAGGGACUGCUGCCUGAGCCACAGUGCUUCCAGUAAUGGGAAACUCAAGAGGUUGCACAUUAAUGUCUAUUAUAGACUCCCCUACUAUUUAUUAAUUUUAUCUACUCUGCUGUUCUAUGGGUCUGUUAGUCAACAGUGAAGCUCCUUACACUGCUCGCUCCUGCAAGGUGAGGGUGUAUUGAGCAUCACAGGAUUGUGGAGUUGUUAUAUAUGGAAAAGGUAGCAAAUGCUGAGGAAUAUUACUCUUGUAUUUGUGACCUUUUGUUGUUUCCAUCUGAAAGUUGUAAUUUUAGAUUUGUGAGUUAUUUUUGUGUAAUCAGUUUUUUUGUUUUAAAGAAAGGUGCAUGAACAAAAAAUAACAUGAACAUUCAGUCUCAUGUAAUUUUUGGUGCAGCACAUCCCAGCUGAGUGCCAACCUGCUGGUAUGACGGGGGCUGGUGCACCACCAGGCCACGAGUCACCAUGCCAUUCUACAGCGCGUGCUCUGAAAUGCUCAACUCAACAUGCUGUCAGUCUGUGAAGUCAGAUGCCAGCAAGGACAUAUCAAACAACAAUUCAUAGAUAUAUAGUAUAUAUACAUGAUUAAUGUAGAUGAUUUAAUAGGUACACAGUACCUUGGAUCAUAAAUAUGGCAUGUAAUUAUAUACAUCAAAUGUUUGCAUGCAUAUUGUUAUAAUUACAAUUGGUGCUGUUACAUAAAUUGGCAUAAUUAGUGUUAUUACUAAGGAAGUAUUGACAAUUUAAAUACAUACAGGAUAAAAUACAUUUAAUUAAAUGUUUCCAAGUAAAAAAUAUAAAAAGUUGAAACUUGCAAAUAAAACCUGCAUAGUGAAUCACAAUUUAAACUUUCAGUGUCUGCUCACCAAUCAGAUGCUUUUGAUUCAUACGUGUAGGUGUGUCAUACAAACUAGGUAAAGAAAAAAUAUAUAUUAUAUUUCAAAUAAAACCCAUAAAAGAGCCAAUAUUACAAAGCUCUCCUAUGUCAAUGUAUAUCAUCCUAGAAUCUUUGGUAAUGCUAACCUCAGUGAAAUGAGAGAGGGAGAAACAAAAAUAAAAAAAAUACAAUAU